AACAGGGGAAUACCUAUUAAAUUUCACUGUCAAGUUCAACCCAUUUUCUGAGGAUGGUUAGCCUAUAGGGCUGUAGGGGAUCGUGUAAAGAGAACAAAAGAGAAGAACUGAACUACUACGUUACUUCACUUUGGUUGGCAGUGGUGGGCUGACGACCACUUAGCACGUGCGCUCCCACGCAGUUGCACUCUGAAAUUCCUUCUGUCAGCGCGCACCAUCCAAGGUCGCCUUCCCGCCUGUCGCUUUCUUGGUACUGAGACCUCAAAUUGAAUGGCUACGGAGAUGUCGCGAUCUCGUACUUUAGGAUCAGCUCUUGCGGUGCGCGCGGUAAAAUGCGUAAAUGACUUAACUGUAAAAUACAGAUGUUCCGUUUUUUUGGACGGUGAUGAUUCUGACUUUCCACUCUCUGAUUAGUGUUACAAGUCAUUCGGUGUGCUCCUGAAACGGGUGUUGGCAAUUGCUCCGCACAACUGGGACUGGAACAGCUGCAUCAGAACUUGGAGUGGCGCGUUCGAAGUUGCAUGCGCUGUUGAAUGACAGAAAACUAAACUACCAAGAGCAAUUCCUCAACUCUGCACAUUUGUUUGAUUUCAAAAGUGUUUGUUACAUAUUUAUUAUAUUAUUUAUUUAUUUUUUAAAGAAUACGAAUAUUAAUUUUAGACCAACGCGCUUAACGCUCUUGGAGCCUUGAUCGGGAGCUUGGAAUGGACUCCACAAAGAUGACUUUGGACCGGAGCCCUCUGCCUCCCAAGACAAACUCUCUCCAUUCCGUGGGUUUACCUGCCUGUUCACCCAAACGGCGCUUCAUAAAGCUGGGGAGAAAACCAAGUGAUGUCUCUUCACAGUCAGGCUCCUCUGGUUCCAGUACCAGGUCAGCUGACAGUGUGGGCGUGGUAGUCAUCAGACAGCCAUCCAGGAGUCGCAUCCGCCGUCAUACCAACCGCUUGUCUGCUGUGUUCCAGCGAGGCUCCGCCCAUAACGCCACCGCUAUGGCCUUACCCGGGUUACCUGGCAUACCUAGCCAUGCUUGGAAGGAGUCGAAUGACAGAAUUUCUCCCGGGGAUGCAUCAAUGACAGACGACCCUGCUGAACUGUCCAAUCAGAUAACGGCCCCAGGCAUUCUGAAGAUCUUUGGCAGUGAGAUCUGCCAGGGGGCCAACUACAAGAGCGUCCUGGCAACAACACACUCCAGUGCUAAGGAGCUGGUCAAAGAGGCACUGGAGAGGUACGGUCUGAACAAGGAAGAGGCGGAGUCAUAUGUUCUCUGCGACUCCAUUGGCUACGUGGGUGACCACCAGUGGAAGACGGAAUGCUUCCGGGUCGUCAGUGACAACGAGAAGCCCCUCCUCCUGCAGUCACUAUGGAAACCCAGGGAGGGUUUGGCGAGGCGGUUUGAGAUCCAGAGGAGAGCCAGUGUGGAGGAAAAGAGAUCAAGAGACAAGGACACGGUCACUGCUGGCAUCAACGCCCAGGCUCGUAAACUCCAGAAGAGCCGCUCUCGAGUCACCUCUGCCCUGAUCGAGAGGAGGAGUGUGUAUGUGACCUCUACCCAAGAGAGGGGUGUGUGUGGGGCUCGGAACCAAAAGGACAGGGGUGGGAGGGUAUGUGGGGGCCAGAACAAGUCUGAACGGGGGCCGGGUCUGUGGAGGAGCCAGAGUGAAGCAGACCUCUCAUCCCAGUCCACAGAAACACAACAGAAACACCAACAGAACCCCACUGAGCCCCUUAGUCAGAACCCCAAUGAGUUCCACACUCCCAGUCAAGACAAGAACCACAAUCAGUGUCACAGUCAGGACCAUGAACAGAAUGUGGAACGGAAUCACAAAUUGAACCCCGAUAAGAACCUCAAACAGAGAGGUGGAGAGAGCUACGUUGACGCCAAUGUUUCCCCUCUGGAGGACCCUGGAUCAGAGAUUUACACAGAGCCCCUCUGUCCUUCCCCUGAGAGGGAGAGAGAGAGGGAGGAGACAGAGAGCAGUGACGAUAACAUAACACUUUACUCCAUUCACCCUCCCCAAGACUGCCCCUACCUACUGCUGCUACAGGGCUACAGCAACAGACAGGACUUCGUCAUCUACCUGCUGAACGGUUCAAGCACUUUGAUUGGUCGAUAUAGUGGCGAAGACAAGGAAAGGUCAAAGGUUGACUUCCCGCUCUCUGCCCCCGACAUCCUGCCUCUUCACUGCUGCCUAUGUCGUCAUGACCAAAAUGAUAAAGGUUGUUCCACCGUCCGCCUCCGUCCCUUCCACAGUGCUAUGGUAACACGCAACGGGGAGACGUUGUCCAAAGAGGCAGAGCUUAGUCCAGGUGAUGUCAUCGGGAUGGGACGACACUACCUAUUCCUGUUCAAGGACCCCACUGCCUGGGUUGUUAUGCAGAAGGUGAAGGACCCCACUUCUUCUCCCAAUCCUACAGUUACUGCUGCUCCCGGGGUUCUGCCCCAGGCCACUACACUCGCUACUAGUGAACCAGCACUCUGCAACACCUGUAUCUCAGCUAGGAGGGAAUCUAGUGGGACCAGAGAAAUAAGGUCUAGAAGGGCCACAGCUUGCCUAAAAAACCCUGAGGGUCGCGACCUGAACCUACUCUACGCUGUGGAGCACGAGGAUGCCGUCGUCAAGGAAAUCGUUGCCAUGGGGAGUGUCCAUAGAGACAAGCCGCCGUUGACUGUAGCAUUCCUGCUGAGUGUGUGUGUGGAACAUUCCGCCACACACCUCCAAACCUCAGACCUCCGCAGACUACUGCUGCUCAUAGCCAGCCAGGUCCAGAAUGCCAUGUGGGAACACACCAAGGAGCUUGCUGCUAAUCAACCAGAAGUUCUCUGUAGUGACCCAGAGGAGCAGCAGCCUCUCAACCUGGCAGAACUGGUCUCAGGCCUGCGUACCCUGGUGGUCUGGAUGUCCAACGCCCUAGAGCUGCUGUAUUACAUCCAACAACAGAUGCCCCAAACACUGGCCUGGAGGUCACAUAGAGAACAAGGGGUGGAGGCAGAGGGAGAGGAACACGAUGACAAGGAGGAUGAAGAGAGGGAGGAGGAGAGUAUGGCCCUGUUGGAGAUGAGGCUGUCGUGUGUGAGGUCGGCCAGUGAAGAAACCAUGACGGUUCUGGAGGAAGUUAUCAUGUUGACCUUUCAGCAGUGUGUCUACUACCUCACCAAGACUCUGUACCCAAUUCUGCCUAGUUUGCUGGACAGUGACCCAUUCAGGGGGAGCAGUGGGCUGCUUCUCCCCAAGCAAAAUGAGCCGUUCCUGGAUAGUGGUGGUGUGCAGGUCCCUGGAGAGACAGACCAGGUCCUGGAGGUACUGACAGAGACCAGCAGACUGCUACAGGACUGUCAGCUCCACCAUGAGAUCUCCUCUCAGCUCCUGGCCUAUCUCUUCUACUUCGUCAAUGCUUCACUGUUCAACACACUCAUGGAGAGAGGUUCAGAGGAUGAAUUCUACCAGUGGUCCAGAGGGGUCCAUAUCAGCGCUAACCUAGACCUGCUACUGGACUGGGCCCAAGGGUCUGGACUGGGUGACUUGGUUGUGGAACAUCUCCACACACUCUCCUCUGCUGUCAACCUACUGGCCACUCCAAGGGAACAACUAAUGCAGUCCUCCUGGGAGUCCCUGCGGUGUGUGUUCCCCAGUCUGAGUCCAGCCCAGCUCCACCACCUGCUGAGAGGCUACAGCCCAGCCACACCCUGGCCCCCACACUGGGCCCCUUCUGAUGAGGAUCAACUAGCUACACAGAACACUGCUGAUAUCCUGGAGAGUUUUGACAGCCACCCUCCCCUGGUGCUGCCCAGCUCUGGUUUCAGCCUGGGGCUCGGGGGAGAGGUGACAGACUCAGGCCUGGCUGGACAGCUCAGGAGGCUGCAGGAGUUUAUCAGCAACCUGUCUGUCAAAGAGUCACCAGGGAACUUCAGUCAUACGCACACGCAACAGGAUUAUGCUGUUCCCACGGAAGCCAAGCUGACAAAAAUGGCAACUCUCCCAAAGGCCUCCCUGGAGUCUCUCGAAUCCCCCUCCGUAGAGAAGGUCCUACCUCUGGCCUCUCUCCCCAGCCCCUCUCUCCCAUCAUCCCCCUCUCAAUUAUCUUCGCCCUCUCCCCUUCACCUUCCUCCCUUUCCCCCACAGCAAAGCCCUUCUCCCCCAAGUGAUUUGAACUCUUGUGGGGCCCUACUGACCCAGAAGCUGAAGAGUCUGGAGCUCCAGUUCAGAGAGACAGACCUAAGCCCCCUCACCCAGAGGAGGUCUGCCCUGGACCCCUCCUGCCUCCUCACCCCUCCUAACACCCCCCACAGCCUGGAGCUGGUUGAACCAGAGACUGAGCAUCAGGAGGAUGCAGAGGUGUUUACUCUAGAGCUACAGAGAGGAGACAGAGGACUGGGAUUGGCUCUGGUGGAUGCAAGGGACCAAUGGAAGGCAAACAACAAUAUGAGCGAGUAACCAUCCCAUCUGUCAUGCAGGGUUGAGUGGCCAAGCCUACGUGCCCUUACGACCAAGAGAAAGAAGUGAUUUUAUCAUCAACGUCCUCUUUGGUCAUGACUGUCUUGUUUGGUCAUGGCUGUCUUGUUUGGUCAUGACUGUCUUGUUUGAUCAUAACUGUCUUGUUUGAUCAUAACUGUCUUGUUUGGUCAUGACUGUCGUGUUUGGUCAUGGCUGUCUUGUUUGAUCAUGACUGUCUUGUUUGAUCAUAACUGUCUUGUUUGUUCCAGACUGUCUUGUGUGCAACCCUAGUCACAGUUUGUGUUUUCCUACAGUAAGUGUUUGCUCAAAAACUGACAUGUUACCAACUGCACACAUGCGGAAUGUAAGCAUGUUUUCACACAGGCAAUUUGCUAUGGUGGCCAAGGGUUUCACAAUGUUUCAAAUCCAGUAGGUUACUGUGAAAUUGUUUGAGGCAUUAAAAUGUUUCAUUUGUUAUUUGCUGCCAGCUUAUCUGGCCACAGUUUGUCAUCCAUUGUUCCUAUGCUAGGUAACUUUAGCAUAGUACGUUUUACUAUAAGUAAAAUAAGCCCUCAUGCAGUUUGUUAGUACAGACUGCAAAUCUUACCCUUAUUCCGGCUGUUGUUUUUAUUUUAUUUUAUUGCAGGUCCACUCUAUCUGAAACGUGUACAUUGACUGGGCAAGUCAAGGAAAGUUAAGUUGGUGUAUGGCUGGAUUUAGAAUUCAAAGGGAAUGCUAUACGUAAUCAUCAAAAAAUGAAACAUUUCUAAUUAAUAGUCUGUAUGUGCGAUAGACCCUAGAUGCUAUGUAUUAGUACAUUUAAUGCUGACUUGAGUUUAACAUUUUAAACAGAGUGCAUCCUGUGAGAAUCCAGUGCUCUGCAUAUUUAGCCCAGAAAUGUGUAUGUUAAAUACAAGGUGUCAUUUCACCUCUAGACUGCUGAUGUCUUUAAUUGCCAAAUAAAUCUCCAAUAGUAAUGAAAAUUCUACAAGUCUACAUUGGAUCGGGGCCAGACUACAGAAAAGGGCCAUUAUCUUUAUGCAAUAAUAUUCAACAAACUGGACAAGUUAUGCAAGUUUUGGCUGCUACGUAAAGGGAAAGGGGGAUACUAGUCAGUUGUAUAACUGAAUGCAUUCACCUGAAAUGUGUCUUCCACAUUUAACCCAACCCCUCUGAAUCAGAGAGGUGCGGAGGGCUGCCUUAAUUGACAUCCACAUCUUCGAGAACAGUGUACAAGUACAUGUAAAGUUUACUCAAGUUUAAAAUGUUAAAGCAUCAUAUGUGGGAAUUCAGUGCACUGCAUAUUAAGCCUCAGAAGUACUUAUGUUAAAUACAAGAUAUCAUUACACUUGUCUACUGAUGAUCUGAGCCAAUGUAGACUUGUAGAAUGUGUCGAAAUCAAUUUGGCAAGGAAAGAAACAAAUCCAUACUAAAGGGCCACUACUUUGAUGCAAUAACACUUUCAACAAACUGGGCAGAUGUUCCGUAAAUAUCAGCUGCUAUGUAUAAGCACAUUGACUUGACUCAUUUAAAAUGUUAAACAACAAAGCAUGAGAGAAUUCAGUAUACUGCAUAUUCAGCCUCAGAAUUUCAUAUGUUACGUACAAGAUAUUACACUUGUCUACUGGUGACUUGCAUUUUCCAUGCCAAAUGAAUCUUAAAUAGUAAUGAGUUCUAAAAGUCUACAUUGGAUUGGGUCUAAUAAAACGUCUGAAUCUUUAAA